AUGGAUGCGGUGAGUGGCAAAACCAGCAGCGGGGUGGGUUCUAAGAGAGGGCGCAUGUCAGAUUUCUAUGGGGCGGAGGGGUCAGUUGCUAGGCGUGUGGCGGAUGAUGCCAUAUGUCUUUAUUUCGCAGCAUUGGGCGUUCCCGAAAACCAAGCCGACAACCCUCUUUUCCGCAACAUGAUAAGGGCAGUUGCAGCAGCGGGUGGUAGCUAUGUCCCUCCGAAGAGAAAGUACGUGGGCGGGGCUGGACUGCAGCGGACUCGUAAAAGGAUUGAGGAGGGGUUGGAUUCCGUGGUUAUGAAGUGGCCAGAGAAAGGUGUCACCAUCGCUAGUGACAUGAUGAGUGACAGGAAUGGGCGUGCGCAGGCGAAUUUCCUUUGCGUCAACGAAGAUGGAGCUGUGUUUAUGGAGAGUGUUGACUGCGGGAUGGAGCGGAAAACAGGCGGUUGCAUUGCUAGCCUCAUCCGGCCAGUCAUAAUGAAGGUGGGGUCGGAAAAUGUCGUUGCACUAUGCAUGGAUGGAGCGAGCAACUACGCAGCCGCGACCCAAGAGAUUGUGAAGGAACGGCCGCACAUUGAGAUUGUGAAGGAACGGCCGCACAUUGAGAUUGUGAAGGAACGGCCGCACAUUGAGAUUGUGAAGGAACGGCCGCACAUUGAAAUUGUGAAGGAACGGCCGCACAUUGAAAUUGUGAAGGAACGGCCGCACAUUGAAAUUGUGAAGGAACGGCACAUUGAGAUUGUGAAGGAACGGCCGCACAUUGAGAUUGUGAAGGAACGGCCGCACAUUGAGAUUGUGAAGGAACGGCCCCACAUUGAGAUUGUGAAGGAAAGGCCGCACAUUGACAUUGUGAAGGAACGGCCGCACAUUGAGAUUGUGAAGGAACGGCCGCACAUUGAAAUUGUGAAGGAACGGCCGCACAUUGAAAUUGUGAAGGAACGGCCGCACAUUGAGAUUGUGAAGGAACGGCCCCACAUUGAGAUUGUGAAGGAACGGCUGCACAUUGAAAUUGUGAAGGAACGGCCGCAAAUUGAGAUUGUGAAGGAACGGCCGCACAUUGAGAUUGUGAAGGAACGGCCGCACAUUGAGAUUGUGAAGGAACGGCCGCACAUUGAGAUUGUGAAGGAACGGCCGCACAUUGAGAUUGUGAAGGAACGGCCGCACAUUGAAAUUGUGAAGGAACGGCUACAGUAUACCCUCUUGGGUGACCAUCACGAACGUCUCGUGGAUGCUGAGUGGGACCGUGCAACAAAGAAUUCGUCGCUCCCUGCGGAUGGUGCUUAUGUCGUUCAACCUGGACCCUCCAAGCCUCAUUCCAGCACCUCUACCACUUCCUGCCGCUAUUGCAAGGCUGCUGGUCACGCCAUCACCACUUGCCCUCAACUCGAAAAGAAGAAGCGCAGGCAGCAACUACAGCAACAGCACCAAUCGCCAUACCUGCCGCAGUCUACAUACCAGCCACAGUCGCAACCGUACCAGCCCCAACAGCCACAGCAGAUGCCGUUCCGUUCCCUCUCUCAAAGCUCGCCCAACAAGGCAGCUGCACACACCGCCCUCCCACCUCUGGCAUAUCCUGCCCACCUGGCCCAGCCUCUCCUUCCCUCUCCUACCUCUGACGUUACCUCACCAGCACUCGCGGCUUCUCAUUUGUCAUCCACGCCACUGUCAUCUUCGAUUGAUUCUCGCUAUGCCGAUGUCGCCGCCGCGCACUUACUCCCUACCUCUUGGCUGCCGUCCCUCCCAUCGCUACUACUCCUCAUCUCCUUUCUCCUCUGCCUUUUCUCCAUCCUGCUCCAGUGGCCUCUCGCCUCCGUCCUCACCAGCUCUCCUUCUUCCUCCUCCUGGCUCCUUGACUCCGGCGCAUCCUCGCAUCUCUGCAAUGAUCCUCAUCUAUUUUCCUCCCUUCGUCAACCAUUUCCUGGUAGUGGCGUCCGGUUUGGUGGUGGGGAGCAGUACCCUGCCCACGGCAUUGGGGACAUUUUUGUCUACGCCCGUCACAACAACCAUACCCAUCCUAUCACCCUGAAGGAUGUCCUAUACAUUCCCCAGACUGUUCAUAAUAUCAUCUCUGUUCAUCAGCGGCCGGACGUCACCCGUUUUCGCAUGUUUGGAUGCCCUGUCUCCGUGCUUCUACCUACUUUUUAUCGAGAAUCCAAGUUACAUGACCGCAGUGCUCCCGGCAUCUUCCUCGGCUAUGGUCUCCUUGAUGGAUACAAAGCAUAUCGCGCUUAUAUCCCCUCCAUCCGCCGGGUUGUCUACUCUCGGGAUGUCACAUUCCUUGAAACCUCCCCCUCAAUCAACUCCCCCUCACCCGCCACCACCUCUACCAUCACCCCCUAUUCCCGCACCUGUCACUUUGUCACUUCACCCGCCUUCCCAACCUACCUCCUCACCAGACCCUAUCAAUCCUCCUCCGCUGCCUGCUACACACGCAGAAACCUCUCCCUCUGCUACUCCGUCUGCACCUCUCUUUCCCACACUCCCCACCCCUCCCUUCCAGCCUUUCACCCUUCCCACUUCCCUUCAGAAGCCAGCCUCCACACCUACUUCCUCACCUCUUCUAUUUCCUCCUCUUCCAACCCCGACUGCCCAAGACUUUCUGCUCAACUUCUCUGA